AUGAUGUUCAAGCUGUUAACUGCACCAGUCGUCAAGGCUGCUCCAGUUGUCAGCUACGCCGCCCCCGCAUACGCCGCCCCCGCCUACGCUCACAGCUACGCCGCCCCCGUCGUGAAGGCCGCCCCAGUUGUCAGCUACGCCGCCCCCGCUUACGCCGCCCCCGCCUACCACGCCGCCCCCGUCGUCCACGCCGCCCCCGUUGUCAAGGCUGUUGCCCCCGUUGCCACCUCUUACGCUAACACCUACAAGGUCACCGCCAAGGCUGUUGCCCCCGUUGUCAGCUACGCCGCCCCAGCUUACGCCGCCCCCGUCGUGAAGGCCGCCCCAGUUGUCAGCUACGCCGCCCCAGCAUACGCCGCUCCCGCCUACCACGCCGCUCCAGUCGUCAAGGCCGUCAGCUACGCCGCCCCCGCCUACGCCGCCCCCGCAUACGCUCACAGCUAUGCCGCCCCUUCAUACGCUUACGGUUACGGAUACCACUAAGCGGUUCCGCCUCCUCAACCGCCCCUUCCUCCCCUUAAUUUAUUCCAGUCAUGUAUUAUAAACAAUUGUACAUUACUAGCGUUAAAUUAAAACAAUUUCAUACCUCUUAA